AAACGUUGACUGAAGAUUAGUGAUUACCAACCUUCAGUCAACGACAGAACGUCGUAUAGGUUAUUCUAAAAACUCACCCACUGAUCCGGGCGAUGAAAAGUUAUAUACACACGGUUACUUAUAGUUUUCUUUAGCUCUGGGUGCUCUUACUUUCUUUGGGUCCAUGGUCCGGCCAAGAUGGUGAAUUUGGGAGCGUAAGCGUGCAUUUCUUUGUACACAUGAAAGAAAGUCAUGGAAAAAGUUUGCAUGAUUUGUGUCACGAUUAAAAGAACCGAUCGGACUUAAACUGGCCUGAAGGUAGAAGAACCUAGGUGUGAACUAUUUCAAUCAUCUGGAGCUCUUCGACCGCUGUUUCAUAUCUAGUGCUUGUUUUUAUUUGGAAAUAUUUAGUAUUGUAAUUAAUAAUAAGCAAACUUAACUGCACGAAGCCAUUCCCAAUUAUUUUACAAUAUAAUACACAAAACAGGAGAGUUCAAAAAGUCUAAAAUAAUAAUAGUUUCGUUGAUUCAAUACGUUCCAAAAUUGUGUUGAAAUGGUUAAAUAUUUUGAAAACACUACAAUAUUUCAAUUCAGUUGGGAACAAGUUGCCCAGGGUUUUUGGCGACGUUAUCCCAACCCCCAUAGCACCCAUGUCCUUUCAGAGGAUACAAUAUACAGAGAGGUGAAGCAUAAUAAAUUAUAUUCAAAGAGACUUUUGACUAAAACAAACAGAGUGCCCAAAUGGGGAGAGCGAUUCAUAAGUAAGAAUGUCGUAAAAAUUGUUGAAGAAAGCGUCGUUGACCCAAAAGAAAAAACGCUGACAACUUAUACGAGAAAUUUGGGAUAUGCCAAAGUUAUGAGCAUCAUUGAGAAAGUAGUGUACAAAGUAUCGGACGAAAAUCCCGAAUGGACAGUAGCGGUAAGAUCGGCUUGGAUCGACAGUCAAGUAUUUGGAUUUAGCAGAGCAAUCCAAGCUUUUGGAAUGGACAGAUUCAGGAAAAACUGUUCUAAAAUGACCGGAGGUUUCAAUUACGUUUUGGCCCAUAUGUUUCCAGGAACUGCGGAGUACAUGAAUCCCACCUUGAUGCAGAUGGGAUAUGUAGAAAAGUCGGAACAACCGUCGAUAACCAAACUGACACAUGCCGCAGAAGAUAUUCAGCAUUCGUUUCAAGAUAAGGCUGAGAAAAUGAAAGACGCUGCCAAAAAGGCAACCGAUCUCGCCAAGCAGAAAGCUGGGCCAAUGUACGCUUCGUGUCAACCGAGCCAAUCGUAAUUAUGUACAAAAGCUCACAAAGUCAGUCUGCAUUUCCGUAAUUGUGUUGUAAUAUAAGGAAUACAUACCGGGACAAUAGAUGUAAUAAAAAUUACGUAUUCACAUUAUUAUACACUUAUAAUUGUAUAUACAAAGUUGAAUUUAGCCUACGUUAGUAAAAAACGGUAGAGAACAAGCUAUCAGUCACCGAAAAUUCUCAUUUUCGGAUAAUAAAUUAUAUGAGAGGAUAUUCAAUAAAUAUCAUGUAUUAUAA